AUGUCAAAUAUUCCUGUACCAAGUACUUCGAAAAGAACUUCAGGCGAUAUGGUUAACCGAAUUAGUAAAAAGACUAAAUCAGAAAUCAAUCGUGCUAAAAAUAAAUUAGAAAUCGUAAAAGAUACUAGUGAAGAUAGUCAUAAUAACAGUAAUGAAGAAACUGAGAAAGUACCAAUUAUGGUUUGUCAAUAUAAAGAUACACCAACCUCUCCUCCUUGUG